GGAGUUUAUCACGUGCCCGGAUAUAGGAAGUGUUAGGGGAACGGCGGCUUCCCGUUCAACGUUUUAUUGAGGGGCGCAUCCAAGUGACCCCAUCCGGUCUCCGUUUCGGAAGACCCGCCUCGGCACAGCCGGGCCCAGUCCUUGCGCUGAGAAAAGAUGACAGCGAUCAAGCAUGCAUUACAAAGAGACAUUUUUACACCAAAUGAUGAACGCCUGCUGAGCAUUGUGAAUGUCUGCAAAGCAGGAAAAAAGAAAAAGAACUGUUUUUUAUGUGCCACAGUGACAACUGAACGCCCUGUGCAGGUUAAGGUGGUCAAAGUCAAGAAAUCCGAUAAGGGAGAUUUCUACAAAAGGCAGAUUGCAUGGGCCCUUCGAGACCUUGCUGUGGUAGAUGCCAAAGAUGCUAUCAAGGAAAAUCCUGAAUUUGAUUUACACUUCGAAAAAAUAUAUAAAUGGGUUGCCAGCAGCACUGCUGAAAAGAAUGCAUUUAUUUCAUGCAUUUGGAAAUUGAAUCAGCGAUAUCUCCGGAAGAAAAUUGAUUUUGUCAAUGUUAGCUCACAGCUUUUGGAAGAAUCUGUUCCAAGUGGAGAAAAUCAGAGUGUGACAGGAGGUGAUGAAGAAGUAGUAGAUGAAUACCAAGAGUUAAAUGCAAGAGAAGAACAGGAUAUUGAAAUAAUGAUGGAAGGCUGUGAAUAUGCAAUCUCGAAUGCAGAAGCCUUUGCAGAAAAAUUGUCCAGAGAACUGCAGGUGCUAGAUGGGGCUAACAUCCAGUCAAUCAUGGCAUCUGAAAAACAAGUCAACAUCUUGAUGAAAUUGCUAGAUGAGGCUCUAAAGGAGGUAGAUCAGAUUGAAUUGAAACUGAGCAGUUACGAGGAAAUGCUCCAAAGUGUAAAAGAACAAAUGGAUCAGAUCUCUGAAAGCAACCACCUAAUUCAUCUUAGUAACACUAAUAAUGUAAAACUCCUAUCUGAGAUAGAGUUCCUUGUGAAUCACAUGGACUUGGCCAAAGGUCAUAUAAAGGCCCUUCAGGAAGGAGAUCUUGCUUCUUCCAGAGGCAUUGAGGCCUGCACCAAUGCUGCUGAUGCCCUUCUGCAGUGCAUGAAUGUAGCUCUUCGACCAGGCCAUGACAUGCUUCUGGCAGUCAAACAGCAACAGCAGCGAUUCAGUGAUUUGCGAGAGCUUUUUGCCCGGAGACUGGCGAGUCAUCUCAACAAUGUUUUUGUUCAACAGGGUCAUGAUCAGAGUUCGACUCUUGCUCAACACUCUAUUGAACUGACUUUACCCAACCAUCAUCCAUUUCAUAGAGAUUUGCUCCGAUAUGCCAAGCUGAUGGAGUGGCUAAAGAGUACAGAUUAUGGAAAAUAUGAAGGACUAACAAAGAAUUACAUGGAUUAUUUAUCCCGACUAUAUGAAAGAGAAAUCAAAGAUUUCUUUGAAGUUGCAAAGAUCAAGAUGACUGGCACAACUAAAGAAAGCAAGAAGUUUGCUACACUGCCUCGAAAAGAAAGUGCUGUCAAACAGGAAACAGAGAGUCUUCAUGGAAGUUCGGGGAAAUUGACUGGAUCUACUUCUAGUCUAAAUAAGCUCAGUGUUCAGAGUUCAGGGAAUCGCAGAUCUCAGUCAUCUUCCCUGCUGGAUAUGGGAAACAUGUCUGCCUCUGAUCUUGAUGUUGCCGACAGGACCAAAUUUGAUAAGAUCUUUGAACAGGUACUAAGUGAACUGGAGCCCCUAUGUCUGGCAGAACAGGACUUCAUAAGUAAAUUUUUCAAACUACAGCAACAUCAAAGUAUACCUGGAACUAUGGCUGAAGCAGAGGACCUGGAUGGAGGAACAUUAUCACGGCAACAUAAUUGUGGCACACCACUGCCUGUUUCAUCUGAGAAAGAUAUGAUCCGCCAAAUGAUGAUUAAAAUAUUUCGCUGCAUUGAGCCAGAGCUGAACAACCUAAUUGCAUUAGGAGACAAAAUUGACAGCUUUAACUCUCUUUAUAUGCUAGUCAAAAUGAGUCAUCAUGUGUGGACUGCACAAAAUGUGGACCCUGCUUCUUUCCUAAGUACUACACUGGGAAAUGUUUUGGUGACUGUCAAAAGGAACUUUGAUAAAUGCAUUAGUAACCAAAUAAGGCAAAUGGAAGAAGUAAAGAUCUCAAAGAAGAGUAAAGUCGGAAUUCUUCCAUUUGUUGCUGAAUUUGAAGAAUUUGCUGGACUUGCAGAAUCAAUCUUUAAAAAUGCUGAGCGUCGUGGAGACCUGGAUAAAGCAUACACCAAACUUAUCAGAGGAGUGUUUGUUAAUGUGGAGAAAGUAGCAAAUGAAAGCCAGAAGACCCCCAGGGAUGUGGUUAUGAUGGAAAACUUUCACCAUAUUUUUGCAACUCUUUCUCGAUUGAAAAUCUCAUGUCUAGAAGCAGAAAAAAAAGACGCCAAACAAAAAUACACAGAUCACCUUCAGUCUUAUGUCAUUUACUCUUUAGGACAACCUCUUGAAAAACUAAAUCAUUUCUUUGAAGGUGUUGAAGCUCGUGUGGCACAGGGCAUAAGGGAGGAGGAAGUAAGUUACCAACUUGCAUUUAACAAACAAGAACUUCGUAAAGUCAUUAAGGAGUACCCUGGAAAGGAAGUAAAAAAAGGUCUAGAUAACCUCUACAAGAAGGUUGAUAAACAUUUAUGUGAAGAAGAGAACUUACUUCAGGUGGUGUGGCACUCCAUGCAAGAUGAAUUUAUACGCCAGUAUAAGCACUUUGAAGGUGCCGAGCAAGAAGAUGUGAGGAGACCCUCAAAUCCAUCUCCCAGAGAAGUUCCAGGCUGGAAUUUUUAAGGGGAUCAUGGAGAGUGAGGGGUUGGAAAAUUGGGGUCAGACAAGGGGGCUGGAUCCAUCAGGACGUGAAAACUACAUUCUUUGGUGAGUCAACUCCUCAUGGGGGGCCUUCAGACCAGCUGAGUCAGUAGUGUGAUCCGUGUGCAGGACCUGAAGGACUAUUUCCAAGGGAAAACUAACAUUUCACAAUGUGUAAGUUGUUAUCUAUAGAGCAAUUAAGGAAAAUGGUAAUCUAGGGUCUACGUGAUUCUAGGACACUAGGCACCAAACAACCAUGAAGAAGCAGGCCAGAGAGCAAGCUGACCUCAUGGUUAAUGCUGAAUAUGCUGCAAGCUUGGUUUAUUUUCCUUUCUCCCCUCUCUCCUUCCCUGGUUAAUUUUAUAAAGUUUACAGGGCAGUUUCAAAAGCGAGUUCUAGGAGGCAAUGGAGAACACAAUAAGCAAGACAAAGCAACGGCAGCCUGUGAGCAUAUUGCUUGCCCAAUGGUCUUGUGAGAAUGGCUUCUCCACGUUCAGCAUCUCAGUCAAAACCUCACUUGUAUAUCUGGGUCUCACAUACAAGAUGAUGGGUCUUUCUAAAAGUUACAUAUUUUGUUUAAUUGGCUAGAAGAGAGGGUAGUGAAGAAGUUAAAUUGAAGAAUCUGUUCUGAUCUGAAUUUUAUACUUGUCUCCAUUGAAUUUUAAACAGCUUUUCCUGUCAUCCUUUAAUUUAAAUUAUGUUGCCCCAUAAUUCCCACAUAAGAGCCUAUUCUUUUCCUUCAUGGCAUUUACUAGAAUUUGAAAUAUAUUUAUUUGUCUCUUUAUUUCUUCAGUAUCUUGCCUCCCACACUUAGACUACAAGGUUUAAAAUUUGGAUCAAGACUGUUCUGUUUACCAGUAUCUAUCUAGCACAUGAGGAGUAAUCUGCUGUAAGAUUGAUCAAACCAUGAAAUGUAUCACAGUGAACAGGACUCCAAGUAGAAGAGAGGAGGAGGCUCUGACUUUUAUUGAUGAAGCCUGAAUGAUGUGCCUCUCCCUAGGGCACCAUUCUAAGCAUUCUGAUUUUUCUGCUUCUUCUCAGAAUUCCUUGUCUUUUAAAUAAUUUCUUGCUGUCUAAUCUUUAUACAUAUACACAGUUUAUUUUUCUGUCUGAAAAAUUAUAUUGAUUUUCAAAAGAAAGUAAAAAAUCUAUCAAUUUAUUCUAUAAAUAAGUCAAACUGUCUCUCAUUCUAUAUCACAGUAGAAUCAUGCUGGAUCCAAGGAUUGGACAUAUGACUAAACUAACUGGACCAGGCGGACACUCUGCUUCUCUGCCAGGAAUCGGGAUCUUGAGCAGUGUGACACUGGGUGGAAUGAAGACAGAGUCUCACUCUGUCACCCAUGCUGGAGUGAAAUGACAG